CAGCCCUGACAGCUGGCAGCAAGACGGUCAGCAAAGCUGCUGAUAAGAGGAGUACAAAGAGGGCUUGGUUCAUGGCAAGGGGGCAGUGGUCUACUCGGCCGGCAACAUGCUAUGCUUCUUGGUGCUCGCCACCCUGGUCCUUUAUGGACACAGCACCCAGGACUUUCCAGAAACCAACGCCCGGGUAGUUGGAGGGACUGAGGCCCGGAAGAAUUCCUGGCCCUCGCAGAUUUCCCUCCAGUACCUCUCUGGGGGCAAAUGGUAUCACACCUGUGGGGGGACCCUCAUCAGACAGAACUGGGUGAUGACAGCUGCUCACUGCGUGGACCGCAAAAUGACCUUCCGUGUGGUGGCUGGAGAACACAACCUGAGCCAGAACGAUGGCACCGAGCAGCGUGUGAGUGUGCAGAAGAUCGUGGUGCAUCCCUACUGGAACAGCAAUAACGUGGCCGCCGGCUAUGACAUUGCCCUGCUGCGCCUGGCCCAGAGAGUUACCCUCAACAACUAUGUGCAGCUGGGUGUCCUGCCAGCGGCAGGAACCAUCCUGGCCAACAACAAUCCCUGCUACAUCACAGGCUGGGGCAUGACCAAGACCAACGGGCAGCUGGCCCAGGCCCUGCAGCAGGCUUACCUGCCCAGUGUGGACUACGCCACCUGCUCCAGUUCCAGCUACUGGGGCUCCACCGUGAAGAGCACCAUGGUAUGCGCUGGAGGAGACGGAAUUCGCUCUGGAUGCCAGGGUGAUUCUGGGGGCCCUCUCCAUUGCCUUGUGAACGGCAAGUAUGCUGUCCAUGGAGUGACCAGUUUCGUGUCCAGUCUGGGCUGUAACGUCUCCAGGAAGCCCACAGUCUUCACACGGGUCUCUGCUUACAUCUCCUGGAUCAAUAAUGUCAUUGCUUCCAACUGAACGUCUUCCUGAAUCCCAUGGCCUUCCCAAGAUGAUGCUUAGACCCACGAAAGGACUUGAGGCCAUCAAGGAAAAAAAACAUUCUGAGAGGCCAUUGAGCCAGAUCCAGAAAAGCAAAUAAAACUGAAUAUGCAUGAUCA